AACCCUAGAACCGGGGUUUAAACGCCAGUAGGACAAAAAAAAAAAAAAAAAAAAAAAAAAGGGUGCACCGGCACUGCCACAGUUCAAUCAAUUCAGCAGUAAACCCAAACAAUGGCGGGAGCAGAAGAAGCAAAACUUGAGGGAUUCCUUCAAUGGCUUGAGGCCAAUAAAGUUGAGCUGCCAGGUUGCAGCAUCAAGUACUGUGGUCCGAAUAAAGGCUUCGGUAUUUUUCCGGCGAAUAAUAUCGUUGAUGACGUUCUGCUCCUUGUUCCAUUGGAUUUAGCUAUAACCCCAAUGAGAGUUUUGCAAGAUCCUCUUAUUGGACCCGAGUGUAGAGCUAUGUUUGAAGAAGGAGAGGUGGAUGACAGGUUCUUGAUGAUUUUAUUUCUAACGUUGGAGCGACUUCGAAAGAACUCUUCUUGGAAACCGUACCUUGAUAUGCUUCCUACCACUUUUGGAAAUCCACUUUGGUUUACGGAUGAGGAGCUACUGGAGCUGAAGGGGACAACUCUUUUUCGAGCUACUGCUUUGCAGAAGAAAAAGUUGCAGUGUCUGUACGAUGACAAAGUAAAGGGCUUGGUGCAGAAACUUUUAAUUCUAAGUGGGGAUUCAGAAAGGGAGGUGUGCUUUGAAGAUUUCCUCUGGGCCAAUUCUGUUUUUUGGAGUCGUGCUUUGAACAUUCCUUUUCCACGCUCUUAUAUAUUCCCACAAGUUCAAGAGGAUCAAGGCAGUCACUCUCCAAUUAACAACUCUCAGAUCUCAUGUAAUUCUGGCAAAGACUUGGUCGAUGAACAGGAUGAAAAAGGAUCCAAGUGUGAUGGUGAUGACAGCAAAGUGAGUGGGGGAAUUUCCACCUCAGUUGAAAAGGAAACUAUCUGGGUAGAGGGUCUUGUUCCUGGCAUUGACUUUUGCAACCAUGAUACAAAGGCAGCAGCAACAUGGGAGGUUGAUGGAACUGGCUUAGUGACAGGAAUUUCUUUUUCUAUGUACCUUCUUUCUGCUGGACAAACUCACCUCCAAAGUGAGAAAGAGAUUUCCAUUAGUUAUGGCAACAAAGGCAAUGAGGAGUUACUGUACCUGUAUGGAUUUGUAAUUGACAAUAAUCCAGAUGACUAUCUCAUGGUCCAUUAUCCCGUGGAGGCAAUUCAGAAUGAUCCCUUUUUAGACUCCAAAAUGCAGCUUCUGGAAGCACAGAAAGCUGAAAUGCGGUGUCUUCUACCUAAAAGGUUGCUGGAUCAUGGGUUUUUUCCCUUAGGACCUCCAAACAAUGACAGAAACGGUAAGUGCAAAGCAGAUCAAGUUAGCAACUACAGUUGGAGUGGCCAGCGCAAGACGCCCUCGUAUGUAAAUAAGUUGGUCUUUCCUGAGGAUUUUUUAACUUCAUUGAGGACCAUAGCCAUGCAGGAAGAUGAGCUAUAUAUGGUUUCUUCAUUGCUUGAAGAGCUUGUAGGGCCUGAAGGGGAAAGGCAACCUACUGAUACAGAAGUUAGAGCAGCAGUAUGGGAGGCCUGUGGGGAUUCUGGAGCUUUGCAAUUGCUUUUUGAUCUUCUUCAAAUGAAGAUGAUGGAGCUUGAAGAGAGUUCUGGAACAGAGGACUACGAUUCUGAACUGCUACAAAAGGGCGAACAUGCUGAAAACUUGGAACGCCAGGGAAGGUGUCGGGAUAAUUUAAGCUCCAAGUCAAGUGGCCCAAUCCAACUCAAAUUUAUGAGUAGGAACAAAUGGGCUAGUGUAGUAUACAGACGAGGGCAGAAGGAACUAACCAGAUUAUUCCUCAAGGAAGCAGAGCAUGCCUUGCAAUUAUCUUUGAGUGAAGAAAAAAACUGAAUGAACCAUUUGAACUUCAACCUGAUUCAUGAUUUCGUUCCUUGCCGUUUAUGGAUCUUUAUCUCAGUAAAGCUCUUGGAAAUGAUAUUUCAUAAGCAUGUAUACGGUUACAGGUAAGAGAUUUAUGCACGAACUAGGACGCAUAUGGCUUGGUUUCUUUCUUCUUCUUUUUUUUUUUUUGUGUGUGUGUGUGUGUCAUGUAUGCCAUGUAAGAAAAGAGAAGCGAACGAAUUUAAAUAAGAAGGGAACAUUACUGAGUGAAA